ACGCGCGUGUGCCCGAGUCAAGUUUACGCGCGUGCCUCUGUAUCUCGGGACUACUUUCUCGCGGCCGAUGACAGGCGGUGCUUCGGUCGGCCAAACAUGGCCUCCUUAAUGGAGCGACCGCUCCAACUUUGAUGUUUUGUCCCAGUUUGUGGAGGAAAACGUUUCGAAGUCGACCAGAACCAGCGGGGACGUUUGGCAGCGGACCACGGAGGCGAUGGAGCCGUGAGACGGAUGUGAUAAGCCGGAUAAGUUCGCUGCAGGAGCCGAACAGACGUGAAGUUGUGUGGAAAGCUGGGGAGAAGGACCGCGUCCAACCCGAUGCCGAGUGAGGAGCCGCGGGACAGAGGACGGCCCCCUCCGGUUACGCGGGCAAAAGCCGCCGCUUCCAGCCCAGCAGCCCUUGACAGGCGAACAAGGGGCCGCCCUCGUAGAGAUGGGACACUGACUGGCACUGUACUCUCACUGCCUCACAGGGCUAGAAAAAAGGGAUGGAGUCGAGGUCGUCCUCUGGGAGAUGAAGAUCAUGAUGAUGAUGUGGAUGCCACAGAGAAGCCCCGCCGUCAGAGAGGUUCAAGCUGCCGUUCCACUUCCAGGCGGAAAUCCACCACUGAACCAGAGGCUGAAUCAAAACUUCCUGGUCCUGGACUAAAGAGUGACAGCCACACUUCAGGAGGCCCAGAUGCCAGACAUGGUGGUCUGGCUCCUCAACUGGAGAAACGGGCUGAACACAGUUGUGAGACUCAAGGCCCAACUUUAGAAGCAGAUUUCCAGCAGAACCCUGACUCAACUUCCAACCUGUCCUUGACUGCUGAUGUGGGCUGGAACUGUCAUAUCUCUCCCUUAUCCAGCGGUGAUGUGGAGCCCCCCUCUGAUGCCAUGCAGAAUUCAGUGAGCAGAACCACUCCCUCCUCUGCCUCCGAUAAAGACCCAUUGUCUCCAUUCUUCGACCAGUUUCUCUCUGAGGAAUCUGGGGAUCCACUCAACGCAAACCUGGGUCUCUCUGACAAAUGCUUGCAGCAGUGUGCCUUUUGUUACCGUGGUGAUGUGGAUUCGCUGGGUCAGGGCCGGCUGAUGGUGUUUGGCCCGACGCCGGGGUACAUCCCACUCCACAUCCAGAACCGUCGCACGUCAUCUGAUAGAGAUAGUGACUGUCAUGAUCACUGCUACCGUGGAAACCAAGCUCCUGUGCUGUUUGCCAGUCCAGAUCUCGAUGGUGCUUCCUCUGAGUUCCUGCAGCAGGUUGGACCCAUUGGCCUUCCUCCCGACAUUGAUGUCCAAUCUUUGUUCGAUCCCACAGGUCAGUGUUGUGCUCACUUACAGUGUGCAGCCUGGUCAGAAGGUGUGCACCGAGGGGAAGGUCAGUCGCUUCUCUAUGUGGACAAAGCUAUCGAUGUUGGAAGCGCUCAGGUGUGUGUCUUAUGUGGCCGUUUGGGGGCAUCGCUGCGCUGUCAGCGGUCCGGCUGCGGACGCAGUUACCACUUUCCAUGUGCUACUGCUGCUGGCGCUCUGCAGGAUUGGCACCAGAGACUCACACGAUGUACAAGGCACACUGAUGCAGCAUCUUCAGUGUGCGUGUUGUGUUCCUCUGUUGAUGAUGUCUCUGGGAUGUUGAUGUGUUGUUGCUGUGGAAAUCGAUACCAUGGCAGCUGUCUCGACCCCCCUCUCUCGCCCUCCUUCCUGACCAAAGUAGGGUGGCACUGCCCAGAAUGUCAAGUUGGCCCGAGCUGCAGGUUGUCUGGAGGCGGGGUGUUGCGGGUGUGUGACUGCUGUCAGAAGGCCUAUCACUUGCAUUGUGUCACACCGGAGAUCCAACAUGCUGGCGUCUGGGAGUGCAAGAGUUGCAGGGUCGGUCGUGAGGUUAAUGGACCGUCAUUAGGUAUUGGAGCCCAUCCCCCCGGCCUGGGUCUCUCAUCAGCCCCUGAAGACCCAUCCCAGCAGAAGUGUACGCGCUGCUCCAGGAGAACAACCUCUCAGCUGAUAUGCGGUGAGGGUACAAUUUCCGAUGUCAUCUGUUUCUCCUGCAAGUCACGAGACACAGACCUGACGCUGGAGUCUCGGACCACCGAGACUACCUCUCGUUGCUGGAGUAAUUCCACGACAACAUCUCUGCCCAAGACUGUCUCUCUGGCUUCAUGUUGUGUGAGGGACUCAAAGCCUGGAGGAUCUCACUCGUCAAUGAGUCUUGAACAUUCUCAGCCUUGUCGACCGGAAGUCCCUUUAUCCCUUGUCCAAGACAAAGUUAUGCGAGAGGAUCAGCUCCCACUACACUUUUCUUUGUCUGAAAAUGGAACACUCCGACAGUCGCCUGAGCUGCGACUGAAUUCAGAGUCACUGGAGCAGUCUCAACGGCAUCCUGACUUGUUACCUCAGAGGGAUCUCAUCAAAAGCGUUGAGCUGUCCAAUCCUCAACCUUCUCAGCCAUGUCCAACCUCUGAUGGUCUCUCCAAUGGGACGCCUCCUACUGCUCCUCGUGCAUCUCCAUUUCCUUUGGGAAACCAUACACUGCUGAAUGCGACACCGUCACGCCCUCAAACUGACCAAAGUCAAGUGGAACAUCAGCUUGACUCUAUGUCGACCAGUUGUGACCCAGUGGUGGGCCCACUGCAGGGGAUAACAGAACCAACACCAGAAGGCCUUGAUCACGUUAGCAAUUCUCCUGAACAUGGUGACUGGUUGAGUUCGGAGGGCUUGUGUGCUACCCAUGAUCCCCUCUGCGCAUCCUCCUCUGAUACUGGCCAUGGACACCACUUCCCUUGCUCUUCAAGCGUGAACCCUCCAACUCAGUGUCCAUGCCUCCCUAGUGUCAGCCCCACACAGUACCAUCAGUGCUUGUCCAGGGAUACCCCUGGACCCCAUCCUACCUGUCCUAGAGGUUUGAGUCCUGUACAGGUCACUGAAGUUCUGUCUCGCUCCCCCGUCCCUCACAAUCCAUGUAGCUUCUCACCAAAGGAUGCAGGUCUCCAGCCAGGAGGGACCGCAGUAACAGUUCCAAUUGGCGCUUCAUUGGCAACAGAUGUCUGUUUUCAAAAAUUGCCGUACUCAAGGGAGGGUAUGUCGGCUAGCCCACCUGUACCCCACAGUGCCCUGACUUGCCGACCUGCCUCCGCUCAACCUGAAGACCUUGAUGCCAAGCCUAGUUCUGCCCUCCCCAACCCUGCAAGCGGAGUUGAUGUUGGCCUUGCUUCUGCCUCCUCCUUUGUGGGCGGAGACAACAGUUCUAGUUCAGCUGUGCGUCCCAUAAGUGCCAGAACUUUAAGCUGCCCUCCAGUCGGCAACCACGAGUGUGACAUUGUGUGCCCCGAUACUGAUACUUGUCCAAGCAAAGUUUCCACUGUAUUACGGUCUAGUCCUGCAGGUCAUGCUAGUCCUGGUCUUAUCUCUCACGUUUCAUCAGUCUUAUCAGCUUGCUCAUCCACUGUGGAUGAUAACCUUCAUGUAACUUCUGUCGAGAUUGGCUUCCUUCCAGCUGAAGCGCCUUCUGCCCUCCAGACUGGUCAAACCCAGAGUGGCGUACUUGGUAAUCCGCUGUUGCUAUCCAGCUCGUACACUACUUCCUGCAGUAGCAACGCGGUUACAGAAGUCAUUGGUCAACGUGACAUCUCUCCUCGGACGUGUCCAGAUCACAGCUGCACAGGUGAAAGUGCCAUCCAGCUAAUAUCCAGCCUCACUCCUGGUACUCCCAGUUACCAUCGGUCAGAACAGUAUUGCAACCUCAGUCCUCGUCCUGUAAUUCCCAGGCCUGGUUCUCUUAGUCCUACGAGUCCAGAGUCUCCCAUUUGUUCAGGUGCUGUUGCCUUAAAUUCUAAAGUAAUCUCCAGUGACUCUGAAGUUUUAGGUGUGUGCUGUGAAAGCAAGAGACCAAAGCCUGAUCUUCAUGUACCUCCAGUUGAAGAAAGGCUAGGAAAGACUCCGAUUAAGGUGCUGCCCCACUAUAAUCUUAUUGCUGAUGAGUCAGUGCAUGACCAUGUGCUUGCUAAUGCGGUGACACUGGACAGGUCACAUACUUGUGAGGCUGUGCAGAACAGUGCACCUGUUGAUGAGGCCAUGCUGGAUAAUAAACCUGUUGAUGACGUACUACACAACAGUACACCUGUUGAUGAGGCAGUGCAGGAGAAAACACCUGUCGAUGAGGGGGCAAUUCAGGAAUAUACACCUGUCAAAGAGGAGGCAGUGCAGGAGAAUACAGCUGUCGAAGAGGAGGCAGUGCAGGAGAAUACCCCUGUCGAAGAAGAGGCAGUGCAGGAGAAUACCCCUGUCGACGAGGAGGCAGUGCAGGAGAAUACAGCUGUCGAAGAGGAGGCAGUGCAGGAGAAUACAGCUGUCAAAGAGGAGGCAGUGCAGGAGAAUACCCCUGUUGAAGAAGAGGCAGUGCAGGAGAAUACCCCUGUCGACGAGGAGGCAGUGCAGGAGAAUACCCCUGUCGACGAGGAGGCAGUGCAGGAGAAUACCCCUGUCGACGAGGAGGCAGUGCAGGAGAAUACCCCUGUCGACGAGGAGGCAGUGCAGGAGAAUACCCCUGUCGACGAGGAGGCAGUGCAGGAGAAUACCCCUGUCGACGAGGAGGCAGUGCAGGAGAAUACCCCUGUCGACGAGGAGGCAGUGCAGGAGAAUACCCCUGCCGACGAGGAGGCAGUGCAGGAGAAUACCCCUGUCGCAGAGGAGGCAGUGCAGGAGAAUACCCCUGUCGCAGAGGAGGCAGUGCAGGAGAAUACCCCUGUCGACGAGGAGGCAGUGCAGGAGAAUACCCCAGUCGACAAGGAGGCAGUGCAGGAGAAUACCCCUGUCGACGAGGAGGCAGUGCAGGAGAAUACCCCAGUCGACGAGGAGGCAGUGCAGGAGAAUACCCCUGUCGACGAGGAGGCAGUGCAGGAGAACACCCCUGUCGCAGAGGAGGCAUUGCAGGAGAACACCCCUGUCGCAGAGGAGGCAGUGCAGGAGAAUACCCCUGUCGCAGAGGAGGCAGUGCAGGAGAAUACACCUGUCGCAGAGGAGGCAGUGCAGGAGAAUACCCCUGUCGCAGAGGAGGCAGUGCAGGAGAAUACCCCUGUCGAAGAGGAGGCAGUGCAGGAGAAUACCCCUGUCGAAGAGGAGGCAGUGCAGGAGAAUACCCCUGUCGAAGAGGAGGCAGUGCAGGAGAACACCCCUGUCGACGAGGAGGCAGUGCAGGAGAACACCCCUGUCGACGAGGAGGCAGUGCAGGAGAACACCCCUGUCGAAGAAGAGGCAGUGCAGGAGAACACCCCUGUCGAAGAAGAGGCAGUGCAGGAGAACACCCCUGUCGACGAGGAGGCAGUGCAGGAGAACACCCCUGUCGACGAGGAGGCAGUGCAGGAGAACACCCCUGUCGACGAGGAGGCAGUGCAGGAGAACACCCCUGUCGAAGAGGAGGCAGUGCAGGAGAACUCCCCUGUCGACGAGGAGGCAGUGCAGGAGAACUCCCCUGUCGACGAGGAGGCAGUGCAGGAGAACACCCCUGUCGACGAGGAGGCAGUGCAGGAGAACACCCCUGUCGACGAGGAGGCACUGCAGGCGAACACCCCUGUCGACGAGGAGGCACUGCAGGCGAAUACACCCAUCGAUGAGCAGGCGGUGCAGGAGAAUACCCCCGUCGAAGACUUGCAGGAGUAUACACCCGUUGACAAGGAGGCAGUGGAGGACAAUACACCUGUCGAUGAGGAGGUGCAGGGGAAUACACCUGUUGAUGAGGCUGUGGAGGACAAUACGCCCGUCGACAAGGAGGCUGUGGAGGACAAUACGCCAGUCGACGAGGCAGUGCAGGAGAAUACACCCAUCGAUGUAGACGCAGUGCAGGGGAGUACUCCCGUUGAUGAGGAGGCAGUUCAGGAGAAUACACCCAUUGAUGAAGACUUGGAGAAGAAUACACCCAUCGACAAGGAGGCACUGCAGGAGAAAACACCUGUCAAUGAGGCAGUGCAGGAGAAAACACCUGUCAAUGAGGCAGUGCAGGAAAGUAUACCUGUCGAUGAGGAGGCAGUGGAGGCGAAUAUGCCCGUCGUGGAGGAGGCAGUGCGGGAGAGUGCGCCGGUCGAGGAGGAGGCAGUGCGGGAGAAUGCGCCCGUCGAGGAAGAGGCAGUGCGGGAGAAUACCCCUGUCGAGGAGGAGGCAGUGCGGGAGAAUACCCCUGUCGAGGAAGAGGCAGUGCGGAAGAAUACCCCUGUCGAGGAGGAGGCAGUGCGGGAGAAUGCGCCAGUCGAGGAGGAGGCAGUGCGGGACAAUGCGCCCGUCGUGGAGGAGGCAGUGCGGGAGAAUGCGCCCGUCGAGGAGGAGGCAGUGCGUGAGAAUGCGCCAGUCGAGGAGGAGGCAGUGCAGGACAAUGCGCCCGUCGUGGAGGAGGCAGUGCGGGAGAAUACAGCUGUUGAUGACACGGUGCAGGACAGGAGACCUGCUAAUGAAGGAGAUCAGGGAAUGGGUCCCAUUGAUAACAAUUGUGAGAAUUUUGGCAUAGCUAAAGAAGGGUUCCGAGAUAGGUCUCCUCUUCAAUACAAAUUACAGGACCGAGCAUCUCUCGCUGAGAGGCAGCUGCAGGGAAAGUCAUUUGCUGCACAGCAGGAAUCCCAUGGAAAGCUCCAAGAAGAAGAGCCAUGUCCUGGUGAGAGCAAGAAAAUGCAGGAAAAGACAUGUGCACAGGAGAUGCAGGUGUGCAUUUUUCCGGAGAAGGCAGAGAUGAAGACCAGUGGUCAGGAAGAGCAGUUGAGGGCUUCUGCAAUGCAGGAGGAGACUUUUACUGUGGAGGAGGAGGACAAAACCUCUGCUGAAGUGCUGACUAUAAGAAUGCCUGCUGUGGUGGCAGAGGAUCCUGCUGAGGAGGACAUGCUGGAGCUGGAUGCCAAGGGUAUAAAAAUGACUGAGGUUCAAGUGGCACAUUUGACCAAGCGUAGAGGGAAUGAUGUGGAGGCGCAUUCUGCAAUGCCACAGCCAUUAGAAGACUCGAAACUCACCUCAGCUAUCUUCACCAUUGAAGCCACGAAAAGCUCGCCUGCAAUUGCUUCAUCUCUUAUGCCAUCUCUGCAUUCACUGCCUCUCCCAUCACCUCGUGAAGCUUUUCGUCCUCUGCCGCACACGCCUGUCCGGGAGGUUGAUGUGGGACUGAGCGUUGGAAGAUCUGAUUGCAUUAGUUCUCAAAAGCACCAUCAAAAUGCCAUUAAGCUGGAGUCUACAUCCUGGAAUGAGGAGGUGAUGGAGCAUGUUCCUAGGAAGGAGUCACUGCCUGUAUGUGAAGUAGAGGAGGAGGAGGAGGGAAAACGGGAGAAAAAAGAUCACUUUGUGCAUGUUCGUGUGCAGGAUGAAGCAGAGUCGUAUGAUAAGGAGUCUCUUCCUUGUCAGGAGCAGACAGUGGAGGCGUGUUUGCCUGCGCAGGAGAACAAGGACAGCCCUUCUUGGCUCAAGGAUGAAGAAGGAGAGUCAUGUUAUGUUGAGGAAGAGGAGCCUUUGCCUGUCAUGGAAGAAGAGGCGGGGUGUUCUCCUGUGCGACAGGAUGAAGAGUCGGUCUGCAGGACGGAGGCAGAGGCUGAGUCUUUGCCUCAGUCGGUGCAGGAGCUUUUAGGCAAGCAGGAAGUGGAGUGCUUCCCAAAGGAGCCUCCAGGAAAACCUCAAGAUGAGGUGCUGAGGAUGCCAGCUGCCGAGGAGCAGUUGGAUAGUCAGGUGCUGGAGUUGGAUUCUCCCCUGGAUAUGGAGGUGAUGCAGUUCAUGAAUGCAUCCCCCCCAACUUCCCUCCUCCAGCUGUCUUCUUUCACCCCUCCUCCAAUGUGCAGAGAUAAGGGAAAUAUUCUAAGCACACGCCCCUCCCAAACUUUAGAUGACCUUGCCUUUCGCCUCAGACAAUCCCCGUUCUCCACUGAGGCAUCACCCGAGACCUCCCCCUCAAGAGCUUUUGCUGCACCGCUGCCCCACUCACCACCUUCGCCUCCUCUCAGCUCUUUUGAUCUGCAUGAUGAGUCUUUGCCGCUCACUGGGUCUCCGUCCACCAUGGUCCUUCCUCUGACUCCCAAGAUUGGAAUGGGAAAACCAGCAAUCUCCCGGAGGAAGUUCUCUCCUGGGCGAUCCAGAGGCAGACAAAGCUCCUGGGGUAGCUCACGCAGGGCUGUGAGUCCACCCUCGUCCUCUCAGGAUUCACUAAGUGAAGGCAGUUGGGACAGUCCCAAACCCCGCUCAGAGGACCCCCUUCUUCUCUGGGGUGUCAAAGUGGGUCGUGGUUCUGGAUCCAGCCGGAGGAGAACCAGAGGAGCAGGCAUUAGAGGCGGCAGAGGAAGGAGCCGCCUGAGGGCAGUGGACUAUGUGAUGCUGUCACCAGGAAGCAGAGAGGCUGAGUGUCAGCAACUGAAAGAUGAGGAGGAGGAGGAGGAGGAAGAGGAGGAGGAGGAGGAUGAGGAGGAGGAGAACUCCAUGCACAACACAGUGGUGAUGUUCUCCACAUCUGACCACUUUACCCUGAAACAGGACGUGUGUGUGGUGUGCGGCAGCUUCGGCCGGGGACCUGAGGGCCGUCUCUUGGCCUGCUCUCAGUGUGGCCAGUGUUACCACCCAUAUUGCGUCAACGUCAAGGUGACCCGUGUCAUCCUGACGAAAGGGUGGCGCUGUCUGGAGUGCACGGUGUGCGAAGCGUGCGGCAAGUCCAGCGACCCCGGUAGACUGUUGCUCUGCGACGACUGUGACAUCAGCUACCACACCUACUGCCUUGACCCGCCACUGCACACAGUCCCUAAAGGAUCCUGGAAGUGCAAGUGGUGUGUGUGGUGUGUGCAGUGUGGUGCUACCACUCCAGGCGUGCGCUGUGAUUGGCAGAGCAAUUACAGUCACUGUGGACCAUGUGCCAGUUUGAGCUCCUGCCCUGUCUGCCAUCGCCGAUACAACCCGGACGAGCUCAUCCUGCAGUGUCUGCAGUGCGACAGGUGGCUCCAUUCUGUGUGUCAGGGCCUCGUGUCUGAAGAGCAAGUGGAGGCAGCAACUGAGGAGGGUUUCAAGUGUUCGCUGUGCACCACAUUCAGCCGCAGCCCCUUUGGUAGAGACGCACUCGCCCAGUUCACGCACAGCGUUUGAUCUUACAGGCGUGUGCUUGUUUCAGGGAGGACCGAUUCGACUUUCAUGGCUCAGAUUCUUCCCAGGAUCAAAGAGCUCGAUGUCAAGACGUACACUCAGGAUGGAGUGUGCCUGACAGAGUCUGGGCUGUCUCACCUUCAGUCUUUGGUGGAACCGCUGUCGUCGCCACGCCGCUACAAACGGUCCAAACCUAAACUGAAGCUCCGCAUCAUAAACCAGAACAGCGUCUCUGUGCUGCAGACUCCAGUUGACCCGGAGACUCUGACUGAGCUGGACCACAGUGGUGACUUUGAGUGUGAGAUGAAGUCGGACUCUAGUCCUGAACGUGACCAAGCUCCCAACGACGUUGUUGCGAAGGAGCUUGAGGUCACCGACGGAAGCAAGAAGAGGAAGCGAAGGCCUUACAGACCCGGUAUCGGCGGCUUUAUGGUCCGGCAGCGGGGGGGUAAAUCGGGACUCAAAUUCAUUGGUAAGGGCUCCGUGGCUUCUUGCCAAACGGUGUUAAUGGCUCGUGACUCAAUGAUCUCAGGCUUAUUUGGUGUUGCAGACACUGCAAUAGAGACAUUGGACACCAAUGAGCAGGAUAAAGUGAAGAAGAGAUACAGGAAGAAGAAAACCAAACUGGAGGAGACGUUUCCUUCCUAUCUGCAGGACGCCUUCUUUGGUCGUGACCUGUUGGAGCGCAGUUUUAUGGUGACGAGGAGUGGUGAGGGAUCAGACCCCCCGAGCGUGCAGAUCCCUGCCCUGAUGACCAACAGGAAGCAAGGAGUUCUGGCGGCUCUGAAUACUGCAUCCACGAUGACCUCACACGAGGAGCAGAGCCAGGAAGGCAGACCGGGUCAGAGGCUGGUGCAAGAUGAGAACCUGGAUGCUAUUCUGAGUCCUGAACUUGACAAGAUGGUGACCGAGGGUGAAAUCCUCAGUAAACUUUACAACAUCCCAGAACUGGAAGGCAAAGACGUUGAGGAGGUGUUUACUGCUGUGCUGAGUCCAAACAGCGUCCACAAGCAAACCACACUCCCUGCUGCCAUGAGACCUCAAGGUUUCCACACAGCGGCUGGUCUCACUCGUCAUCCCCCAGUCAAUGGCCUGAUGGGAGUUCCUCCUCACACAACUGGUGCCGUCAUCCCGGGUCCCUUUAGGAUGCUCUCUCCUGGAGCCCCCGCCAGCUUGCCUAACGGGGGGCCAGUGAGCAGUGAGGUGGAGUCGGACAGCAUGACAGCAACACAGAGGAGCACGAUGAAGUGGGAGAAGGAGGAGGCGCUGGGAGAGCUGGCCACUGUGGCGCCUGUGCUCUACUGCAACACCAACUUCCCACAACUGAGGGAGCACUACCCUGACUGGUCCAGCAGGGUGAAGCAGAUUGCCAAACUGUGGAGGAAGGCAAGCGCUCAGGACCGCGCCCCAUAUGUGCAAAAAGCACGGGACAAUCGGGCUGCGCAGCGCAUCAACAAGGGGCAGCUGAGCAACGAGUCGCUCAAAUGCCUCCCUCUUUCACUGCCGCCACCAGGUCCCUAUGAACCUGCGCCUGUGGAGCCUGAGUUGAUGUUCAAGGAUCCAAUGAGACCCAAAGAGUCAGAGCAGGAACAGGAGUGGAAGCUCAGACAGCAGCUGCGUCAGAAGAGCAAGCAGCUGGCAAAGAUGGAGGCGACUCAGAAGCUGGAGCAGGUGAAGAACGAGCAGCUGCUGCAACGACAUCAUCAACUUUCAUCCAGUCAGCACCAGACCAGCGGUGACUCUUCCCCCUCAUUCAGACCGCAUCCCCCGCUGGCAGAUGAUGUGUUCGUCAGACCACAGGCUCCGCCCCCUUCCGCCUUCCCCCUCCCCCAGUGCCUGUCCCCAUCCUCCCCCCUCAGUCAGACCCCGUCUUCCCCCCAGAUGUUCUCCUCCCCAACCUCACGCCCUUCCUCACCGUGGGACUCCUAUUGCAAGACAGUUGGACCCGCUCGGCCUGCCUCCUCUCCUUUGGGCUCUCCUCUUCCCACCCCUGAGAACAAGAGCAAUGAAUUAUCGCGGGCCCUUGGACCGCCCACAGCAGGACAGCACCAGAUCAGACUCCGUCCAGAACGGCCCUCUGGCCCCUCUCUUGAUCAGCCGUCCAGACAAGCACUCAGAGCUGAAACCAGGCUCCAGGGAGGCGUCUUCAAAGCUCCCAUGCCCCCCCUGCAGCAGGAAGGGUUCGGUUCAGGAGGUCACUCAGACGCUGUUCUUAGCCACUCGCAGCCUUCCAGCCCACUCUCUGGUCUGGACUCCCCUCACUGCAGCCCCUACACCCAGCAGCCUGGGACCCCAAAACUGGACCCCAAUCAGCAUCCGGAAGUUUCCGCUCAGUUGUCGCCUGAACCACCACCAAGCAACGCCCCGACAUUGGCAACACCUCGCCCUGACUCUGGCUACCUGAGCGCCCUGAUGAGCCAGCGGACCUUUGACCCGGCUCUGCCUCCGUCCUCGGAUCAGCCUGGCCAGGUAACGUCCACGCGCACGCACGCUCACAGACACUGUGCUGGAAGACAUGAGCCAGUCUGCUGAUCUGACAGUAGCUCAGAAAGGGUCCCCAGAUUCGUCCUGUUGGGUCAAAGCUUUUCCCCGAUUGGAUAACAUCAACAUCUCAUUGAGCCAGUUGGUGAAAGAAGGUGAUUUCUAUUUGAGAAGAUUGAGUUUCUGAGCAUCAUGCCCAUGAUCAGAGUGGCGCGAGACAUUCCAGAAGGUUCCUCAAAACAUCCAGAAAUGGCCUGUUCGUACUUGGGGUCAAUGUCUCUGGAGUAGACCUGUGACAAACAUUCAAAUGCAGUGCACCGAAAAUUGUGAAGAGACGUGACCGAGAUCCGUCUGCUGCAGAGCACCGGUCGAAUUUGUAGCCUGAACUAAUGGAGCAGCAAUAGACCAGGACAAUGGCUCAAACCCAAGAGAGUUGGAAGAAAGUGGAAGUGUAAAUGAGUCUAUAAAUGACUGAAGUUGUGCUGCCGAACACUUUACCCAGGUUUGCAGGUCUGGUGGUGUGGGGCAGCCCAGCUAAGUGUGCCAUUGACAAGUGAGCUGCUUUGUUUCACAGUCUCCAGGGCAACAGCAGCGAAGCGAUUUGCUGCUUAGACCCCAUUUCAUUCGGAACCCACUGCCCCCCAGGGGGUCAGAGGAGGGUGUCUUACCAGGUGCGGUGGGUCACAUGACACCAGGACAUGUGGAGGAUUCCGCUUCCGCAGACAGGUCGAUGAGCUUGCUCCCACAGUUGGGCGACUCGGAGGAGAAACUCCGACAGCGCCAACGGCUCCGGCAACUGCUGCUACGGCAGCAGCAGCAGAGGGGUGUGCUGCGUCCGGAGAAAUCCUCCCCUGGACCUGCUGGGUCUGACGUACCUCGAUUGUGGUUCCAGAACAGCUCUAGUUUCCCUUCCUCCCCGGUGUUGUGGCGACCCCCACCUCCUUAUCCAGGCACAGUGCAACCCUCGUCUGCUGCCAGUCCCGGCCCUGUCCCGGCCCUGUCAGCCGGAGUGUUCACACCAGAACCUCAGAAGCUCUUCCAGCCCACCGAGUCUCUGGGCCCCCAGCAGAACCAUCCACCGGCACUGGUCCAGAGAGCAGGACCAAGGUCUGCAGCUCGCUGCCCAGUGGCUCUUCAGGACUUCAAACCCUCCAGCCAUGUCUUGGGGCGUAGUGAGGUGGAGAUCUGCACCAGAGGUCCGACAGAUGCGACUGCCACAGCAUCUGCCCCCUCCAGCAGUCGCCUGCACACCUACCCGGCACCCCAGGGCUUCGCACCCCGCCCGCUGCAGCAGCACAGGAUCAUGGGCCAACCUUACAUUGAGCUGCGGCACAGAGUCCCUGAGAAUCGUCUCAGACUAGUCACGCCCCCCAGACCUGUCCCCAACCUUCAGCGACCGGGACCUGGGUCCAGUAUGGAGGAGAUCCCACUUAGUCAGCAGAUGGUGCUGCUGAGCGGUGUUGAAACUCUUCAGCAGCAGCGGCACCUGCAGACUGACAGUGCACCGGUGGGAAUGUCUCAAAGUUUGGAAGAGCAUAUGGAAGACUCAGCUGUGAAGGACCUGGAGGAUGUGGAGGUGAAGGACCUGGUGGAUUUGAACCUUAACUUGGACGCCGAUGAUGGGAAGGACCUGGAUCUGGGUGCUAAUGACCUGCACUUGGACGACUUUCUACUGUCAGGGAAGUUUGACCUGAUUGCUUAUGCUGACCCCGAACUGGACUUGGAGGAGGAGCUUGAUCUUGGUGAGCCGUUAGAGGAUGGGAGCGAAACAGAGAAAAGAGCUCAGGUCAAACAAGAAGCCCAGGCGGGCCCCAGCCGAGACCCUGCCGCUCCGCACUCAUGUGUUCGCUUCCCGUGUCCACCAGGACCCCCGGGAGCCCAGGACUUGGCCUCAGGCAUGGCCAUGGUUCCACUCAGGCCCGGAGUGCAGAGUCCUGCCUCCUCUGCUGGAGGCCAACAACAGAGGCCCUUUCCUCCCGCUCCCACCUCAGCCCGGCCUGGUCCGUCUUCCCAGACACCCCCGGUGACCCGGCUCCACCUGCUGUCUCACCAGAAUCCACAGGAUCAGCUCCUGAGCCACAACAAAUCCAAGCUGUUGCUGUUGGAGGAGCAGCCGCUUCUGCUGCAGGACCUUCUGGACCAGGAACGACAAGAGCAGCAGCAGCAGAAGCAGAUGCAGGCCAUGGUCCGGCAGAAGUCCACAAGUGAGACUGAGUACCCUGACCCGAGCCUGGACCCGAUCAUGAAGGCCAAGAUGGUAGCACUGAAAGGAAUCAACAAGGUGAUGACCCAGAGUAACCUCAGCCCCAUCAUCAGCAGGGUACAGCAGCCAGCCCCCCUGGAGGCGCCCCCACCCACCAGUAUGCUGCUCCAGCAGGAUGAAAACCCACUCGGGCUGUGCUCCAGCCCCGCUGCAGGCCCCCCAGCGGAUCCCCCCACAGGUCCCCCUGCUGGCCCUCCUUCUUGUACCCCCAGCAGAAACCUCGACUUCGUCAAUGAGGCUCAGCAGCGUCAGUGGUUGGUGGAAACACAGCAACUGUUGUUAAUGCAGCAGCGCCUCCUAGAGGAGCAGAUCAAUGCCCACCGGAAGACCCGAAAGGCUCUGUGUGCCAAGCAGAGAGCAAUGAAGAAGACUGGCCGAGCCCUUGCAGAGGAGGAGACCACCGAGCUACGUUACGUCACCGAGCAGCAGGGGGCGCUGCAGAAACAGCUGGAGCAGGUCCGGAAGCAACAGAAAGACGACACCGAGCUGAUGGAGGAGUAUCAGCAGAGGCAGCAGAGGCCACAGCCUGACAUCACAACAGCUAUGCCGAAUCACCCUUCCAAAGCUCCCUCUGCCAUGUCAUCCGGCGCCAUGACUCCCCGACAGACUGCUCCAAACCUGCAACAUCAUUGCUCCAAGAGCCCCCUGGCCUUGGUGACAGACUUUGCUGGGGAUCCCCACCACACUGUUGCAGGCCUGAAGGGGGUUGCGGUGGAUGAAAGUCCCGCCCCACAGGUGAAGUUUGAUGACAACAACCCCUUCAGUGAAGGCUUCCAGGAGCGGGAGCGGAGGGAGCGGCUGCGGGAGCAGCUGGAGCGUCAGCGUGUGCAACAGGGUUUCGCUGGAGGACCUCAGCUCCUGGGAGCAGAAGUCGAGCAAGGCAGGGUGUCAAGCAGUCUCCAGACCAAAGCCAAGGCCGUGUCCCCGAACCAGACCCGGGUUCAUCCACCUCCGUCUGUACCUGGAGGAAGUUUUGCUUUCUCCAAGGCUCAGACUUCCCUUCCGCAGCUCUGCUCUGAUAACCAGCUGAAGGGCAAAUGGAGCCAGAGCAGGGAGAUGGACGAGUGUGGAGUCAGGACCGCUGUGUCCUCAGACAUGGCCUCAGGCCCAAUCCUGGCUCCCACCCCAUGUGCUCCAGGCCUCCCUCAGGUCUGUUCUCCAUCUGGCCCGGAUCUGGCAAGGAUAGAAGUCAAGCAGGAGCAUGAGGUUGGAGCCUGCAGAGCAGGUGCGUUGAAGGCAGAGCUCUCUGGGGGCCUACGUGGAGAUGCUGCAGGUGGCCAGAGGUCCGAGGACGAAGACAAUAGGGGCGUCUGCCAGACCAAGCUGCUGCCAUGUAAGAGAGCCGCUCCCCUGAGCAAUGACAAGCCCAAGUUGAAAAAGAGUCGGCGAGAUGAAGAGCACACGGCUGAGCAGCAUCAGCAACGGACGCUGUCAGUGAUGCCCCUUAUGGAGCCGGUCCUGGGUUCCCACCUGAACCUGUUCAUGCCGUAUGGAACCCUCACAUUGGACUGCGACUCCAGGCUGGUGGGGUCUUUUGGAAACGCUAGUCUGAGCGGCGUGACAGAUUUCUACUCGGAGCUCAUCUACCAGCAGAACAACCUCAGCAAUCCACCGACUCCGCCCGCCUCCCUGCCCCCCACACCUCCACCUGCAUCUCCACCCCAAACCAAGGUCCAUCAGAAAAUGCUCAAUGGUUUUGUCACCACUCAGGAGCUUAGCAGGAGACGGCUGGAGGACCCAGAUGCGUGUGUCUCCGGAAAGGCACGGUCCAAGGUUGAGCUUCUCUCUCUGAGUCGCCCCACAAAGACAGUAGACAUCCCAGCAUGUCUUCCAACCCCACCUCACAACAUCCAGGAAGAGCUCAGGCUCCAAGACUCACCAGGACGGGACAGUCCCGAAGGUUUCGUGCCGUCGUCGUCCCCAGAGAGCCUGGCAGAUGUGGAGAUCAGCCGCUUCCCAGACCUGUCCUUCAUCAAGCUGGAGCCGCCCUCCCCCUGCCCGUCCCCGACCAUACCCUUCACACCUCCUGCCUAUGGGAAGGCCGUAGCCGUGAAGCAGGAAGUGAAGACAGAGCCAAACCUUCCGGCGGCCUCCCAGCACUCAAUCACGGACCAGGUGACCAUCGCCAUCACCUUAACCCCUGCUGCUGCUCAGAACAUUCCCGGGGUCAUGGCAUCGGUGGCGGAGCUCCUGAAGGUUCAAGUCCCGCUGCACUGCCAGUUGAGGAGGUUUGGCUGGACUGAGCGCCAGGACCCGGUCAACCCUCCUGCACAGGCCUUGCCCACCGACCGACCGCAGGCACCCUCGGCACCUCGGACAACAGCAAGCGUGAACCAUGUGGACUCGGAGAGCUGCCGCCAGUGUCGAGGAACUCUGGGUAACGCUGCCUGCACUGUCAGAGACCAGGUGUUCUGCAGUCAGGCCUGCUCAUCUCGCUACAUGUCCGCUGGACACAAGACGGCCCUCCCCACCAUACCACACCACUACGUCGCCAACAUGACCCCCAUCGCCGCCCACUCGCUCCUCCCCCCCGAGCCCCCGUCUCCUGCGGGCGACACACCACCCGUCUCCUUUCCAUCUGCCUCCUCCAUCACCAAGGAGAGCCGAGCUCACCCGGACAGUCUGAAGGUCACGCUGAAGCUCAAGCCCCACCCUCGUACGGUCUCUGGAGGGGAGGAGACACUGAGCCGCCAUGGCAAGAGGACGAGAGGUUCCUGCUGGAAACGCUGGAGUGUUGCCGUCACCCUGAGCAGGGGGCCCUGCCCUCCGGACCAGAGGGUUGCCCCGCCCACGGAGGAGGAGGUGGAUGUGCUGCUGCAGAAGGCCGGAGCCCGUCUCCGACCCGAGCCGCCGCCCAAAGACCUCCGCAAGUGCUGCUUCUGCCAUCAGCAGGGCGACGGGCUCACCGACGGACCAGCGCGGCUGCUCAACGUGGACCUGGACUUGUGGGUCCACCUGAACUGCGCGCUGUGGUCCAGCGAGGUUUAUGAGACUCAGGCAGGUGCCCUGAUCAACGUGGAACUGGCGCUUCGCCGUGGCCUGGCCUUGCGCUGCGCCCACUGCCAGCAGAGCGGUGCCACCAGCGGCUGCAACCGGCUCCGCUGCACCAACACCUACCACUUCGCCUGCGCGCUCCAGGCUCACUGCACCUUCUUCAAGGACAAGACCAUGCUCUGCCAGCAGCAUAGACCGUGGGCAGACCCCCAUGCCUCCAUUCCAGGGCCAGACCCCGGCGUGUGUGACCCGUACCACUCAGAGCUGCGCUGCUUCUCCGUGUUCCGACGGGUUUACGUGCAGCGAGACGAGGCUCGGCAAAUCGCCGCCCUGGUCCAGCGCAGCGAUCGGCAGCACACCUUCAGGGUGGGCACCAUGCUGUUCAGGGCCGUGGGCCGACUCCUGCCCCACCAGAUGGACACCUUCCACAACCGAGACGCCAUUUUCCCCGUGGGCUUCCAAACUCACCGACUGUACUGGAGCACCAGACACUGCAACAGGAGGUGCCGGUACGUUUGCUCCGUGGCUGAGGAGAAGGGGCUUCCCGCGUUCCGGUUGACGGUGGUAGAGUCAGGCUACGAGGACCUCACCUUGACUGGACCCACAGCCAAAGACGUGUGGGAGCAGGUCCUGGGGCCGGUGGCCCGCCUUCGCUCCUCCGCAGGCGCACUGCAGCUCUUCCCACUCUUCCUGAAGGGAGAGGAGCUCUUUGGCCUGAGUACGCCUGCCGUGUGUCGCAUCAUUGAGUCGCUACCUGGGGUGGAGGCCUGCGAGCGCUACCACUUCCGUUACGGCAGAAACCCUCUGAUGGAGGCGCCACUGGCCUUCAACCCGUCGGGCUCUGCCCGGUCAGAGGCCAGAGUGGGACAGGCCAAGAGGCCGUACCUGCUGACCAGCAUGGCUCCCAGGUGUCAGGGCUCGGUGGGCUCCAUUGUGGGUCUCGUCCCCGGCGUCCUGUCUCUGUCUCCGGGGGAGUGUGUCACCAUGGCCCACCAGGGACGCCACUCCAAGUCAUCUCAGUACCGCCGCAUGAAGGUGGAGUGGAAGAGCAACGUGUACCUGGCUCGCUCCCGGA